GGCCCCGCCCACCGCGGGUGUUGGGGCUGGUUCCCGAGUGGGCAGCACCGGAGCAACGCUUGCUCGCGGAGCGCCAUGGCUGGGCUGCUGGUGCUGCUUAGCCCGGCGGGAAGAGUGGGCGCCCGGAUACUGCCCCGGACCCCUUGGCUCCUGGGAGCCGCCACCUCCUGCGCUCCACCGCUCUGGGCCUUGGCCUUGUCCCGCCCCGGGCCGGACUCCCGGCUGCUGCACACGGCCCGCAGGGACUGCCUCAGCCGCCAGGAGCCCAACAGAAUCACUGAGCCAGGAAGCGGUGCCAAGAGCACAGAGGGAAAGCUAAGCAAAUCACAGCAACUGAAGAAGGUCUUCCAGGAAUACGGGGCCGUGGGCGUGUCGCUGCACAUUGGGAUCUCGCUGGUCUCCUUGGGGAUAUUCUACACAGUUGUUUCCAGUGGCAUCGACAUGUCUGCAAUCCUGCUUAAGCUUGGCUUCAAAGAGUCCCUGGUGCAAUCCAAAAUGGCAGCCGGCACCAGCACAUUCGUGGUGGCCUAUGCCAUCCACAAGCUGUUUGCACCCGUGAGGAUCAGCGUCACCUUGUUCUCCGUGCCCUUCGUCGUUAGAUACUUACGCAGAGUGGGACUCUUUAAGCCUCCAGCCACCAAGCCAUAAGGAAGCCAGUUUCUUCUGAACUACAGGAUUUGGGUUGGUUUCAGGGUGGGGUUUUUUGGGAGGACAUGGGGCAGAGGCUAAUGACUGUGUUCCUUGUGAGUUGAUUUUACUUUUGCCAGCAAUAAUCUGGUGUAUUAAUUUACUUUUUUUAAUGAUAAUUCUCAAGGAGCCAUGUUCGUGACUUAAAAUGUCACCAAGGCUUCAAAAUAAGUUGACAGCCACACAUGGUGGCCCAGGCCAGUAAAGCCAACUACUGAGGAGGCUGAGGCAGGAAGAUCUCAAACUCAAAGCCUGCUUGAGCUACUGCGAUCGGGGUCAGCGAAGAGAGGACUGAGGGCAUUGGCUGCAGAACCCUCGCCCAGCACACCAAGAACCUAAAUUUGAUCCCAGUACAAAAUGGGACUGCCUACAGAAUGCCCCUUUAGAUCAUUAGGCAGGAGUCUCUGCAGCACCCCACGGGGCUAACCUUGGCUCAGGUUCCUGAAAAGCAGUGAUUAAUUUGCUGGCUUUGAGAACACCCUCUCACCUGAUUUAUCACUGGCAGCAACCUGCAGUUAACACGCAGUAUUCUGCAGAAAGCUGCCAGCACCGCAGUUAAUCAAGGAAAAAUUAACAAUCCCUAAUCACAGUCUCCAUUAACAUCCUUGACAUUCAUAACAAUUGCUCCGGGGAAAACCAGCCACGAGCUUCUGGUGUUUCACUGACUCCAGAGCAUCUGGGUAUGAUGAGGCUGUUUGUCUGCAAUCUCACUGAUACGGGAUAGUAUUGUUUUAAAACAUGGAAACAGCGGCGGCCCUUGGCUCCUGAUGCCCAUAUUCAAGGAACUCAGAUCCUUCCAUAGAAGCAAAAAAGCAUCCUAGCUUUCUCAGACAAUCCUCUUAAGCUAUCUAAACCUUGAGACAUUCCAGAGCUGACACCAUGUUUACAGUGUGCCACUGUUUACGUUUUUUGAAUUGAAUCAUAUGCGUAAAGUAUUUCUACCACUUUCCAAAAAAAAUGGAAAAUAUUGUCUGUUCCAAGUAGAAGACAACCGUGUAGGACUACAAGCCGAGGGGAAGAGAGAUCCUAAUUAGGGUUCUAUUGCUGUGAUGAAACACCAUAAUCAAAAGCAAUUUGGCAGGGGCGGGGUGGAGGAGGUUGAGUUUACUCACAGGUCCAUGUCACAGUUCAUCAUCAAAAGCAGUGAGGGCAGGACCCUGGAGGCAGGACUUGAUGCAGAAGACAUGGAGCGGUGCUGCUUUACUGGCUUGCUCAGCCUGCUUUCUUCCUCAGGACCAAAAGCCCAGGAAUGGUACCACUCACGAUGGGCUAAACCCUCCCCUAUCAAUCACUAAUUAAGAAAAUGCUGUACAGACUUGUAUACAGCCCUUUCAUAUGGAGGUAUUUUCUCAGUUGAGAAAUAUGUCUCAUCUUGACGUAGAACUAGGCAGCACAAGAGAGCGGGACAGGUUUAACUACAGUCCACCACGGGAGGGUAAGUGUAGAGGCCAUUAGAGUAGAAACCAAAGCAGACUCUCAAGCCUAGGCUUCCUCCUCCAGGAAGCCAGAGCAGGAAUUGGCUCCCUCGCUCAACCCUCCCCUCUGGGCAGGCACUUGUCAUGUCAUAGCCAAAAGAAACUCCAGUCCCCCAAGCCCCAAAGGCAGUCCAAAGAUCCAGGAAUGGGGUCCACCUGGACUAAAGGAUUUCUGGUGGUUACAUAAAAGCCAGCCAGCAUUCCUCAGAACUUGUGAAACCGGUUCCCCUCUACCAAAAAGAGACAUUUCCCUUCCCUCUGACAGAAGGGAGCUAUGGCUACCUGUGGCUAUCAGCAUAUCGAAGCUCAUGCUGGCAUCAUAAGUACUGGGAAUACAUUUCUAAGUCCCUGCUAGCACCUCCUCUUCUACCAAACUCCCUUGAACUCACAGGCUUCCCUUCCCCAGCUACUCUUACUCUCCUCGGCUGCUGCUACUGUGUUCUCCUCUCUCACAGGUAGCCCUGGUUAGGUCCAAUCUGCUGGCCAUGUUGCGUCUACUUCUCUCUUUUCUCUGGAAUCCUUCCAGAUGCCCCUGGCUGUUCUCUCCCAUAGCUAAAGAACCUUCCCCUUAGGCACGUCAGUUUAUACAGUUCUACCCUGGGGAGCCAGAUUUUGAAGUCUGCUCAGCUGCAUGGUGAGAAGGGUUGCGUUCGUUUUUCUUGCUCACAAUUCCGUUGACAAUCAGAAAACACAAAGAAAGCACUGCUAGCUAGCAGGAACGCAUUUUACUGAGAUCUGGCUGACAGUUUCUUAGCCCACAGUCACCCACACCAUUUGUCUCAGUUAACAUUUAAAAGAAAUUUUUGUGAGACAAACUCUCCGCUCGUGAGAUCUUUGAAGUGGGAUUGCGGUCUUUUCCUCUUAAUGCAGCCCACAGCUGGAAGCUUUUACUAAGAUCAGGAUUACUACAGAAACUAAUCCCAAAGACAGCCACAUAGCUGAGCAAGAAGCCCUAGGUCAAUGUCGGGGGCUUGUGUGGACUAGAUGGAGGGAGGGGGGAGUCUCUCCAUCUUGCCCAGCGUGGACCUCCACCCAUCCUACUUGCCCAUUCAGGUUCCUUAGUAAUACCUAUGCAAAGAAAUACAUUGAAAGUAGCAAUAAAACCAAUUGUACCCACAGCAUGGGUCUUCCAAGCCAACAGCCAGAACCAGGGGUGAGUUGAGAGGUUGAAAGACUAAAAGCACCAUAUAAACCAGCAAGCCAAGCAGAUCUGCUCCUGUUAUCUUCAGUGGAACUGGAGCAAGGAAACAAUCUUAAAACGCAAGCCACUGUUGGCCUCUAGUUUUCUAAGCAGACCCACUGACCAGCUUGGAUUCUGUGAAACCAAUAAAAACUUUUGUAAAAUGA